AUGGGUCUGCAAGAGAUACCAGUGAGCCAAAGGGGAGCUACAGAUGCCCAACAAGUGUGGCGGCGGCAGGCGGCGGCAGCCGACCCCGAGGCGGCCGCCCAGCCAGGGGUCGAUGCAUCGGAAAUAAAGCCGCCCCGCCUGGUCGAUCGCCCUAGACCCUUCAUAAAUUCGAUCGACCCAGCGGCUGGGUCGUUAUUAGCGUGCCACUACGGUAAUGACCGCGCUCCGCCAAUGCAGUACUCAGUGUUUCCAGCGGCAGCGGAGCAGCACGCGCCGUUGGGCGCUCAGCUGGGCAAGCGCGUACGGAAACCGCUUAAGCAGUUUGCAGACCACAUGCUCUAUGAUGAGGGCAAUGCGGCAGCCGCGACUGCAGAUGGCAGGCAGCACAUCCCGGUGGCCGCCUCGGGACCGCGCGAGCAGGGAUGGGGCAUGGGCAAUGUGGUGAGGGUCAGUCGUGCGUGGGAGGAAGGUGGCGGCUGGGCGAGAUUGCAUGGAAGGCUUCAUACCUGGUACAAGCCGCUGAACUGCAGCUGGCAGGGCACGUCAUGGUCAAAUGCAUGCAUCCACGGCACCAUCACAUUCAGCUGCAUAGGGCACGAGGCAUCGGCCUUAGGCAUGAAUGUGGCCACCAGAGUGCCAGAGGUCCGCCCAUGCCUUCUCACCUUCUCCAAAACCCCAGCUGAUUGGAGAAAUUUGGACGCGACAGCAGUCCUCAUCGCCCGCCCAUCGCCAAAGCUGCCACGAGGGCCAGAAACACUGGCAGUACUGCUGCCUCGCGCGCGUGGGCGUGGCCGCUCGUUCUUCAAAGAGCAACCCAAGAAGGGCGCGGUGUGCCAGGUGCCGGGCUGUGACCGCUCGCUGCAUAAGCUUCGGGACUAUUACAAGCGCUACAAGAUCUGCCCCUACCACCUGGAGCUGCCGUGCCUGGUGGUGGAGGGCCAGACCAUACGCUUCUGCCAGCAGUGCGGCCGCUUCCAGCUGCUGACCGACUUUGAGGGCGACCGGCGGUCGUGCCGGCGCAAGCUGGACAAGCACAAUGAGCGGCGGCGCAAGGCGGAGGCGGAGCAGAAGGCUCGGAUGAUGGACAGCGGCAGCGACGACAGCCCCGGCAACCCGCGCAGCGCCAAGGCGUACCGCCCCUCGCCGUACCGCGGCAGCCUGGCGGGCAUCAAGGGCUACGCCAGCCACGGCGACCUAAUGAUGGCAGGCGGCGGCGGCGCGGGCGAGCUGAGCAGCCGGCUGCAGCAGCUGCUGGGAGACCCCGCGCUGCAGGACCUGCUGUCGCCCGCGCUGCUGCAGAGCCUGGCCGAGCCGGCGCCCGCGGCGGGCAUGGACUGGCUGGCGGCUGGCUCGCUGGCUGGCCUAGCCAUGGGUGCCGCGCAGCCGCCCCCACAGCCGCAGCUCGCGCCGCCGCCCGCGGCACCGGUGCUGCCGCAGGAGCUGCUGGCCCUGCUGCCUGCAGAGGUGCAGCAGCAGGUGCUGCAGCAGGGGCACGGCGUCCUGAACGGCGCCCUGGUGAUGCAGCUGCAGCAGCUGCAGGCGGCGGCCGGCGCGCCCAGCCAGCCGCUGGCGCACCACGCCUCGCCCCCGGCGCCGCGUGCCCCCGGGUUUGGCGUGUAUGGCGGGUCGCCUGCAGCGCAGCGCCCGCUGGCGGCGACCUCGCCUCCCUACCCCUACGACUCUCCCCUGGACGCUGCGCUUUCGCCCGGCUCGCUGGGCCACUCCCUGCAGCGCCAGCUGCACCUCCAGCAGCAGCAGCGCGUGCAGCUGGCACAGGGGCUGGCCGCGGCGGUGCCCGCGCUGUCGGCCAACGGCCCGGGCGCGUCCGCCGCAAGCGUGUUCCUGCAGCACAUGCAGCAGCCGCAGCCGCAGCAGCACGCGCAGCAGCAGCAGCAGCAGCAGGAGCUGCAGCAGGCGGCCGUGCAGCCGGGCCACAGCAUCCCCUUCCUCCGGUCGGAGCCCGUGGCAGAGCCGCAGCCCGAGCCCGCCGCCAGCGCCGCGGACGUAAGCGACAAGGCGGCGCUGCUGGUUGCUCUGGCGCGCAGCGUGGGCGUGUCGUCUGAAGCGCUGACGCAGGCGCUCAGGGAGGGCGGGCGGGGCAGCCCCGACGAGGCGGCCCAGGCGGCCGCGGCGGCAGCUGCCGGGGCCAGCACGUCGUCAGGCGCGGCGCAGCCCGGCGGCGAGCCCCGCCUCCCCCAGCAGCAGCCCCUGCUGGCGCUGCUGCAGGCGCCACAGCAGGGGCAGCAUGGCUCCAACGGCGGGCACGUGCCCCCGGCCGCCGCCGCCGGGCUGCCCUCGCUCCACACCAACGGCACCGCGCCGGGCAGCAGCGGCAACGUCAACAGCUCGUCCAUCGGCCAGCCGCCGAGCGUGGGCUUCCAGCUGCCGCAGCUGGGGCAGCAGCAGCAGGAGGAGGAGGGGGCGCCGCCCGCGGGCCCGCCGCCGCCGCCGCCGUUUGCAGCUGCAGCGGGGCCCAGCCAUCUGCUGGACGUGGAUCAGCUGCAGAGUGCGGUGCAGAACGGCGGGCUGGACGCCGGCUUUGCCAGCGACGCCAGCCUGCUGCUGCAGCUGGUGGCGGCAGUGGAGGCGUCGCAGCGGCAGGCGGGGCCCGGCGCUGAGCGCAUGCAGUCGCUCUCCCUCAAGCUCUUCAACUGCACGCCCGACCAGCUGCCCAAGGAUAUAAUGGAGCAGCUGGAGGAGUGGGUGGUGCAGAACAGGAGCCUGCUGGAUGGCGCCACGCGGCCCGGGUGCGUGCACGUGAGCCUGUCGGCGCUGAUGAGCGGUGAGGAGGCGCGCCACCUGUCGGCCAACUUUCCUGCCAUGGUGCAGCAGCUGGCCGGCGGUGCACUGGGCGGCCUGCGCACGAGCAUCCUGGCCCAGCUGGGCAUCCAGGCGGCGGCGUUGGACGCCAGCGGGCAGCAAGUCGUGCGGCUGGACCUGGGAGGCAGCGCCGCCAUCGCGCCGCACAUCCUGUCGGUGCGCCCGCUGGCGGUGUCGCCCGCCUAUGCGGGGCCCGUGUUGGUGACGGGGCGCCACAUAGGCGGCCCUCAGGACACCAUCUACUGCCGCAACGCGGGCACGUACCCGACAACCGAGGUGCUGGGGUGCGGCAUGCUGCUGGCCAGCCCGGAGGGGCAGGCUGGCGAUUUGAGCUGGGCGCUGCUGCGCAUCCCGGCCCUCAAGGAGGGGUGCCACCAGGUGGAGGCGCAGCACGGCGUGCUGGUGAGCACCCCUCACUCCCUGCUGGUGCUGGACGACGAGGAGGCGGUGGCGGAGCUGCGCCAGCUGGAGCUGCCGGGCUGCCACGCGGCGCACGCCUCCGAGCUGCUGCACCGCCUGGGCGCGGUGCUGCGGUUUGGGCGCGGCCGGUGGCGGCGCGGCGCCGCGGGCGGCAGCAGCGCAGACGGCGCGCUGCUGCGGCGCGUCGACGGCGCCGCGCAGGAGCUGGCGGCCACCUGCAUCCUGCGCCGCUGGGCCGCGGUGCUGCGCCUGGUGCUGCCCAUGACCUGCUCUGCCUGCACCCCCAGCCAGGCCGUGGCGGACAUCGAGCGCCGCCUGUGCGGCAUCCCGGUGCUGCACGCCGCAGGCACGCCACUGAUGGGCGGCGCCGAGGUUGUGCGCACCCUGGCCGCCUGGGCAGAGUUUGUGGGGCUCCCGCUGUGCCUCAACACGCGCUGGGGCGGCGGCCUCACCGCGCUGCAUGUGGCCACGCUGCUCCGCGAGCCGGAGGCGGUCGCGCUGGCGCUGACAGACCUGUGCCCCGCCACCGCCACGGAGCAUUGGGUGGCGGCCCGCGCGGAGCACGGCGAGGAGUCCCCACUGGGCCUGGCCUGCCGCCUGAACCGGCGGCGCCUGCUGGACGCGCUGCGGGAGCACGGCGUGCCCGAGGCGGGAGCCAUGCUCGCUGCGCUGCGCCUGCAGGACCGGCCGGCCGGCGCCACGCCCAGGCUGCCGCCGCUGGGCGUGGAGGAUCCGGCGCGGGAGCUGGACCAGCAGCGGCGGCAGUGGACCAAGGUCUGCGGCGGCCUGCCUACCGAGCAGGCGCCCACCACGCCUGGCAGCCUGCAGACGCACCGCACCUGGCCCCUGGCCGGCGCCGCUGCGCCGGGCGCCGGGCUGCGCCUCCCGGCUGGCAGCCCCUCGUCGGCGCCGCCGCAGGCGUGCCGGCCGGGCGGCGGCGGCGACCCAGCAGACUGGAUGCAGGCGGGCCACCAGUCCCCCAGCAGCGUGCUGCUGCCUCUGGAGGCCAGCUGCCGGGCAGCUGCCGGGCAGCGGGAGCAGCAGAAGCGGGGCAGCGGGGCCGCCCCCAGCUCCGAGGUGGUGGAGGAGGAGGAGGAGGAGGGACCCGCUGGCGCCGCGCCGGCCGCGCCGGCCAAAGGCGGCGCCCACGCGCCGCCUGCCGCGGCGUGCCAGGCGGCCGCCACCCGCAGCGGCGGCCUGCAGGCGCAGCCGCUGUGCCCAGCCAUGUUCAAGCCCCGCGUGCACGACACCUGUGCAGCCCGGCAGCAGCUGCGCACAUGGCGCCAGCCAAAGCUGUCCAAGGCAAGCGCCUGCCGUGGGAUGGACGCAGCGGUGUAUGCCCUGCUGGCCGCGCUGCUGUAUGCCCUGGUGGUGGCGGCCCCCGCGCCCGCCCGCCAGCGCAUGCACUCCUGGCUGCUGUCCACCGUAGGGCGCGCGCCGCUCAUCUUCCAGCCCAUGGUACUGCUCUGCACCCCGGUACAGUCCAUGUACCGCAAAGCCCACCGCAAGAGCAGAUACGUGCUGCUGGCGGCUGUGCACGUGGCGCUGUUUGGGGUGCAAUCCUGGGAGGCACGCACGCACUGCAGCGACUGGCUGGCCGGCAGUGCCGUGCUGGCCGCCCACCCCGGCGGCGUCUGGAUGCUGGCAGUCCUGCGCCUGGCGCUGCGGUCCCCGGGCCUGCUGUUCGUGUACUGCGCCAACGUCAUGCUGCUCCCGACAGCCUGCGGCGGCCAGCUGGCCAGCUGCCCCGGCGGCUCCGUGGCGGCGUGCGUGGCGUUUGGCGGCGCGCGGAUCCUGGCCACAGUGACGGCGCUGCCGCUGCUGUCUGGCCUGGUGGCGAGGAGGCGUGCGCGGCACGCCCUGAAGAAGCCUGCUGCGGCAGCAUGGGCCGCGCGCCCCAAGCAGUGCCAGCACUAG